GAGCAACAAGUUUUGAAGUGUUGAUGAUAAGUUGUAGAGAAGAGAAAGUGAGAUAGAAAUCGCGGAGUGAACGAAGUUAUUGGAAACAUGGAAAGAGGAAGUGGGGGAGCACCUCAGGACACCCGGAAAUGUUACAAAUGUGGAGAAGGGGGUCAUUUCAUCCACGAUUGUGCUGAGUACUGGCAAGUGAAGGCCCUUGGACGAGCGUUUGUGCCAUCAGCACAAACAGCGGCUCCCGCACGCACGGGAAGAACGAAUGCGAUUGGCGUAAAUUCGAUGGUUCGAAGGAGCAGAUCCAUGGAAAGUGCUAGAGAAAGGAGUGAAGCCAGGGAGGAUAUGAACACACUGAUGCGAGAUUACUUCAUGCAGAUGGCGGAGGAACGGAGGCUCCGUGUGGAACGGGAGGCUGAGGAAACAAGGCGACGAAGGGAGGAGGAAGAGCGACGACUACGUGAAAGCAAGAGAGUGCAGAGACAGGAAGAACAUAUGAGGCUUGAAGAGGAGCAAGACGCGAAAUUACUCAGGAUAGUAAGAAGUGAAAUGAGGAAAGACAGAGAUGACGAAAGGGAGAGAUAUGAGAGAAAGGAGAAGGCGGUAGCCAGGACAGGUAGCCGAAACGAGGCAGCGCAGGCUGAGAAAGAGCGAUUGAGAAGGUUGAUUGCAGCGAAGUCCAUCGGGCCUGACGCAGAGGAGGAGGAUGAAGAGCUACUUGCGCUAAGAAUGAUGACUAUUAAUUUGAAUAUAGCGGAGAAGCAGAAACGGGGACCGGAGAUGGCGGUCGGAAACAACCCGCCUCUGGUUACGCCGGAGAAGAGAUCCAACUUGAAGUUGACUGAAAAAUCGAAGACACGAAUUGAGCAACUCCGGAGCGACCUGACCACGGAUACCGGGACGACAAGCACACCUGGGAGGAUUGAUCUUUCGCUCAAGCACAUCUCAGCAUCAUGUGGCAUUGGAGGGAAGGAGAAGUUCGAGGAGGAAUGUCAGGAUUUCUACGAUGCUUUGACCAUCGACGAAAUUAAAGAGGCUUGGCGAAGGGAGAAAGUGGCGUAUGGGAACCGGGAGUUGGCCAUCAAAAGACUGGUGAUCCGAAGAUCGGCGGUUGCAUACGACCCGUCGAAUAUUCCGCUACCAUCGACACCGCGUACAAAGACCAGAAGUGAUAGAGGAGUCAUCAUCAGGGAAGCCAAGAAGGAGGACGACAUCCCGGCUCCUUCGGAUUCUGAAGCGUCAUAUUCUGAAGACGAGUCGGACUGAGGAGUUUGUCGUCGCGACGACUACCUGGGAGUAGCUGAAAGAUUUUGUCACCGUAAACUUCGAAGUGAUGCCACGUGUUAACGUGAGUCUGUUUUGAAUAAUUGAUGAUGCUUUGAUAAACAGGUUAUGGUCUC